AUUUUCUGUCUUUAUAAAAUCUCAAAACCAUUGAAGCCAUUUUCUCUCUCUCUCCAGCCAACCACCCAAGCCCCACCAAAACAUUUCAGUUUUCAACAAAGAAAAGUUUGAAUAGUAUUAAAAAACAAGAGAGGAAGAACCACCAAAAGAGUAUAAAGAAAGCAGAGAGAGAGUCAGAAAAAAAACAAAACACUGGCACCAUAAGCAAGUAACCCUCCUCAUUCUUUCCUCACAAAAAGCCUUGUUUUUCACUCUUUCACAUUAUUAUUUCUUGUCCAAUCUGCACCCAAACUAACAACCACCCUUAACCCUUUUUCUGUUUCCCCCCUCUCUCUCUUACUUGGUUUUGGUGAAAUCAAUGGAAAUCUGCUCUAGGCUUCAACAUAUUCAAGACAACAGAGAGAUCAACUCAAACCAAAACCAAAACCAAAACCAAUCAUCUUCAUCAUCUCCUAUGAACUCUCCAUCUCCAAGAAGCAAUGCUAGCAACAACAACAACUACAACAACAACAACUGCAUGAGCAGCAGCAACAGCAACUCCAUUUCCCAAAUCCAAAUCCCUACUUCACCUCACACUCCAAAAACUCUUCCCAGAUCUGAUUCCAACAACCCUUACCCCACCACUUUUGUUCAAGCUGACACCACCACUUUCAAACAUGUAGUUCAGAUGCUAACAGGCUCAUCAACAGAAACCGCCACAAAACCACCACCACCGCCACAAGAUCCAUUUCCACCACCAUCAUCAACCAGAAACUUCAACAUCCCACCCAUCAAAACAGCACCCAUUAAGAAGCAAGGAUUCAAGCUCUACGAGAGGAGGAACAGCCUGAAGAACAAUCUCAUCCUCAACACCAUGAUGCCAAAUUUCUCUUCCUCCUCCGCCGCGUUCUCUCCACGCCAGGCGGCGGAGCUUCUCUCGCCGAGCUUGCUGGAUUUCCCUUCCCUCACUCUCAGCCCUGUCACGCCGUUAAACGAUGACGCUUUGGGAAACUCUUCAUCAUCAGAGGAAGAUAAAGCGAUUGCUGAAAAGGGUUUCUAUUUGCAUCCAUCUCCAGUUUCAACUCCUAGAGACUCAGAGCCUCAGCUUUUGCCUCUGUUUCCUCUGUCUUCACCUAGAGUUUCAGGGUCAGCUACUACUACUACUUGAAAUCUUGAAUUAUUGUUGAUGAUGAUUUGUUAGAUUGAGAGAGAAUUGAAUUGCACCAACAAGGUACAUAGCUUGGUCUAAUUGUAAAAGUAGCUUUUCUUAAUCUUACCAUCAAAUGGUAAGAGUAAGAGUAUAAGGGUAAGGCCCUCUCUUUAUUAUUAUCAUUAUGCUCUUGCUUUGUUUUCA